AUGCCGCCUGCAACUACCCAAAAUAGCUCGUCCCAGAAACUUGGGUCUUCGGGAUUCAACGCAGGAGCGCGACCCUACAGGUCACACAAGGUUCGGGCUUGCGACUUAUGUAGAAAGCGCAAGUCUCGUUGUACGGUAGACAUUCCCGGACAAUCAUGUCUCUUGUGUCGGGUUCAAGGCGCAGAUUGUCAUUACCAAGAGGAAACCAGCAAUGACCCCCCGGGUUCUAAUGGUUCUAGCACCAAAGAAUGGACAGUCGAUUCUGUUUCAGAUGGUCUGGUUCCAGGGCCGAAGCGCAGACGUAUAUCCGAAGGCAGCACUCCCACUACUGCUCACCCACGGCAAGAUAUACCCGCCCUAGCUAGGUCUUCGUCAGCAGGGGACAGACGAGGAAGCGAGCCUAGACGACAGGGAGUCGAGGAUCCUCAGAACGAGUCCGUCCACAUUGUUGGCCCCGUGGUCGCCGAUGACGCUCAGGUGAUCGAAAAGUUUAUGCCUCCGGAACGAUCUGACAUGUCAGAAGCGGCAAAGAGUCACCCGUAUAAUGUCUAUUCUAAUGACCCGCGGAAGCCAAUCCUUUACACCACCAUAUCAAGGCGGAGACAAGGCAUGCGGGUCGGCGUGCCGCCUGGAGAAAAUCAAAAAGAGAUCCUUGAACAGAUACUGGGACCUUUUAGACAUGAUCUAGUCCGACUGUUUAUAGACAGGUUCAAUACAGCAUUUCCUAUAUUUGACGGCGAUAGUUUCUGGGAGGCGUACAUCUCCGAUACAGCAGGCGAACCGCCCGCGUCUCUUCUAUGCCAGGUCUAUUCUAUGUCGUUGGUCUACUGGAAACAUUCUCCGAAGCUUGCCUGCCAUCCCAAGCCGGAUGUUCGGUACGCUGUCAACAUGACCGUAGCUGCUCUCCACGAGGAAUUUUCGGCACCGGGGUUAUCUACCAUUAGCGCGGCUCUUAUCGACCUUACCGGACGACCGAUUUUCUCUAUGACAGGAAAUGCCGUAAGUUGUGGACGAAUGAUCUCGCUGGCGCACUGCCUUGGCUUGAACCGUGACCCACGCCUUUGGAAGCUGUCUCGACGGGAGAAGGACCACCGCAUACGUCUAUGGUGGGGUGUUGUUAUUCAUGACCGCUGGGGAAGCUUCGGACAUGGAGUGCCUCCUCAAAUUGCCAAAAAUCAAUAUGAUGUUCCUCUGCCAACCAUCGAUGGCCUAGUGCCUCAGAAAUCCCGCACCACCGAGCGGGUGAGGGCUGCGCACUGCCACAUUGCUCUCUGUCGGUUGACAGAAAUCCUAGGAGAGCUAUUGCCUCUCGUCUACGGCCUUCAACAGCGACAAUCCCGCGAAACCUCCAAGAAGAUCAGACAAAUACGAACAGAUCUUGACAUGUGGGAAGAUUCUCUACCUGACUGGUUAAGAGCUCCUGUCAACUCCUCGGAGGACCGCAUAUCGGGAACGAGUAGCUUGCAGCUAGGCUUUUUGGCUGUCAAAAUGCUCGUCAGUAGAGUAGAACUCACUGAGGUGACCAGUGCGGAAACCGAAACCCCAGAAGCACGCCGCUACUUCCAGACCGAAUGCCGAAAGUCAGCCGAAGAAAUCGUACAAUUCAUCUCAUCUCUUCGGAAAGAGAAUUUCAAGGAAUUCUGGCUCCCUUACAGCGCCUUUCAUCUCACAUCAACGGCGACUCUACUCGUUCGCUGCUCCCUCGAGACCACCGACAGUGAAGUAUCUCGCGUCUGUCUUACCCACGUGGAGAACUUCCGAGAAACCUUACGUCGCGUACGAGAUGAAGAAGACUGGGAUGUAGCCGAUAUGUGCCUAGAUCACUGUGAUCAUAUCCUCAACAGACUCCCCGGGAAUGGAGGCAACGCUCAUCUGAAUUUCAGCGGUGUAGGACCACCCGAUAAUCGGUUGGUAAAUCCGGCUGCAAUAUCGCUCCCAGAGACACAGACCAACAAUGAUAUUGUUGAUGAUAUGAUGUCUAUCUCUGGGACUUUUGGGACAAUGGAUGGGUUUCCGUUUGAUAUGACAGGGAUCUGGGAUGUUUCUGUCUUUCAGGAUGUGAAUCUGACGUGA